AUGUUUCUAACGGCUAUUUCUAUUGGAUUGUUCGGAGGAGCCUGCUUGCUGUUUGCUGCAUCGCUCACUAUUCUUGCACCCACUCCAAUGUCAGAGGCAGUAGAAUAUUACGAGGUCGACUGGGCAAACGAGUUCGAUCAGGAGUCCAUCUAUCGGGGGUCACCGACUCCCAAAUUAGAACUCGCAUGGAGUCGUCUUUGGAGACACAACGAUAUCAACAUUCCUUUGGACAGGUUGCCCUCCCUCAAUCGGUCGAUGGAUGUGAAUUGGAAGCUAACACCUGCACAAUAUGGUGGAGGUGCCGAAGCUAACGUUGAAGUGUUCCAUCAGCUACACUGUCUGAACAUGAUCCGACAGUACACGUACCUGGACUCAUAUGAAGUGCCACCUGAAGGAUUUCAGAGAUCUCAGGAGAUGUCAAGAACCCAUAUCAACCACUGUAUUGAGACAUUGCGUAUUCAUCUCAUGUGUACAGUUGACGUGACGCCCGCACUGGUGAGGUUGGAUGAAUCCAAGCCGCUUGGGGGCGAAGCAGAUUUCUCUACGCACCACAAAUGUCGCCGAUUUGAUAAGUUAACUGAGUGGAUGGAAAUGCAUGCUGUGCCUGUUGAGACUUAA